GUUGUGCUUGUAGAUUAGUGAAAUGAGUUCACCACUAUAGGGGCGGAGAUAAUUUUGUUGUCAUCGCCGAAAAUGAUUGAACGGCCAUGGCCAGAGAUUUUCACGCCUGAAAAGAAGUGAUUUCACGUAACAGAGACUGUACCCCUGAUGCGAAGUUUAUCCGUGAAACGACAAAAAACGAGGGUCCGUAUGAAUGCGGAGACGACGAGGCGCCCUGACUUGGAGAUGUGUGCUACCCAGUCCCAGCUGUGCUCCUGGACCGAGUCUGUCUGGCGACCAACACAUUCAAGAGAACCAGAAAUUUAGAUGGAUGAGCCAGACUGAUGAAGAUCUUGGGUUAUAGUUUCUCAGAGACAUAGCUGUUAUCUCACCAACAAUGUCUGUCUCUACGGUUUUGGCUAAGGCGCUGUUCGACAACACAGCAGAGAGUCCGGAGGAGCUGGCUUUCCGGAAAGGUGAUAUCCUCAUGGUUCUUGAACAGGAGCAGAGCGGCGGUCCAGGCUGGUGGCUCUGCUCCCUUCAUGGCAGACAGGGCAUCGCGCCUGCCAACCGCCUUCGACUCCUCCAGACUGCCCCUCCCCCAGGCUCGGACUCCCGCCAUGGCCCUGCUGAGGACUCCGUCUACCUCACACCUGGACUGGCACGAACUGCUGUGAGCUCUAGUGCAGAGGACAUAGAUGGAGUGUACCGCUCCCCACCUGGUGUGGGUGAAGGACGAGGAGCUGGAGCUGCCUCUAGACCGGGAGAGCUCCGCAGAGUGGAGGGUGGGCGUCCACGCUCGCACUCCAGCUCUGGUACUCGACCCAGGCCUGAAUGGGAUAUCGGGGUGGCAGGGCGUCCACGCUCACCCUCUCUGAGAGGGCGAGGAACAGACAUAACAGGAACACUUUAUCAAAGUCCAGUGAGUCCUAUGCCUUCAAGGCAACCAGGAUCCCUCGCAGCUUCAGAGUCUGUAUACCUCGCCCCCACUGGAGCACCAAGGACGGCUGAGGAAGCAGAAGACACUACAUAUCUGGUCCCAAGAGAAACGACAGAGCAAGCAGAUGACUGUUACUUGGUGCCUAAAGGGACGCCUCUUGCAGGUGAUGAAGUUUACCAGUCCCCCACAGGAGGGGUUGUCUGCUCCAACGGCCCCUCUCUGGUCAGUGGAUCACCUAAUACUCCACAGCCCAAAGUCAGCCAGGACACACCUGGGAUGUACCAAACUCCCACCCCUGUUGGAGCCAAUCUUCACAGGACUCCAGCCACAGUUUUAGCCCACCAGCACCCGUCUUCAUUAUCCCCUAACCAAGCAUCUUCCAGACCUCUGCAGAAGGGAGUCCCGGCUGUCGCCAGGGGCAAACCUGGCUUGGCCUGUCAUCGAGGGUCCCCUUUGCUGGUCAGAGCUGGACAAGUCAGGGUCCCUGGGUCACCAAAUUUUGCCCGCAAACCUCCUCCACCUGCACCUCCAGUACGGGGGGUCACCAGGAAGGAUGCGCAACAAACACAAGCUGCAUCAGCUGAUUCUAACUCUAUUCCCAAAGUCACUUCUCAGGUGUGCUCUGUGAGCCUGCAGCAGCAAGAAGCAGAGACACAGAAGGGAACUCCUCAGAGUAAAGAGGGAAAGGCAAACAAUUGCCAACCAAACAAUGGCAACAUUCAGAACAAAAACGGAGAGAGUCAGGGUCAUUCAGAUACUGUGGACGACCAGGUGUAUGAUACUCCACCAAGUGGAAGGUGGCAGCGUCCUGUCCCAUCUUCCCUCGGGGACGACGAUGGCAUCUAUGACACCCCUCGCAGUGUCCCACCACAAACCGACUCUGAGACUGAGGUCUACGAUGUUCCCACCAGCUCCCUAAAUGUGUCCACAUCCGAAGCACAGCCUGAGGAACUUGAUGAUGAAGUAUACAGUGUUCCUACACUUCCAGGGUUGCCUCUGGGCCCUGGAGAGUCCACCACCAGCCUUUCUGGAGAGGAGGUCACCCAGAUGGGACAGCUCUACAGCGCACCUGGAUUGGACAAACGAGCCAGUGGAGGGAGUCAUAACCGAGACUCCUCUGAGCCUGACUGUGGCAUCUACGACAUGCCUGCUUUGACUUCUGAAGUGCUCCCCCACUCUUUGUCGUCCUCCUCCACCUCCACCCACCGCCUUUCUGUUUCUAGUAACGGUUCAGGCGACGUUCAGUGGCGGGUGUCUCUUUCCAGCCUUGUCCACUCGGUGCUGAGCGUGGCGUCCUGCCCAGCUUCCACUCUGUCCUCUCGGGACCUGGCCACCUCAUUGGCUGAAAUCCUGUCUACUUGGAAAGCCAGUCACUCAGACGAUCCUCCGCCUCCUCUCCAGCAGGCAUGGGCUCGCCUGUCGGACCUUUUGCCUGCAUUAUCCGCAAUCGGCAAUGCUCCCCCAUCAGAAGGGCUCUUGCUGCUUGUCCAGCGCUCUCUUGAAGAGAGUGCCCUCCUCUUGCAGGCUCAGGGCCGCCCCCGUCUGCCUUCUCAAGAUUCCCUGUCCCGAAGGCCGCUGCCAGCGCUCCCUGUGCCUGAUGGGAAGUCUUCAGGAGGUGGGAUGGGAUCCCGUAAAGGUAGCUGGAUCCAAGAAAGGCCUCUUCCCCCGACCCCUCAACCUGCCUUCCCUUUGCCUCCCACGUCUUCAACUGUGACACUAACUGUGGGUCCAGCUGAUGGAGAAGAUGACCCCAGCAAUGAGUAUGCAGGGAUCGGCUUGACCCCCAUUCCUGCACCUAUACCAACUGGAGACAGUGUGGGAUACGUCAAACUGCAGGGUAAACCUGAUCCUCUUCCUGAUGGGUUGACUGAGAACGGACAAACUAUCACAGCAGAGCCCAGGUUGAGCCCUUCUCCGGCUCUCCCAGUGUCUCUCUCCCUUGAGGACUCGGAGCUGCUCUCCUUCUACUCGUCUCAGAGCCUCGCUCACCUCUCCUGCCUAGCAGACGCCAUCGACGUGCUCUUCAGCAGCGUGCAGGGGAACCAGCCUCCUCGCAUCUUUGUCGCUAGAGGGAAGAGUCUCAUUGUGACCGCGCACAAGCUGGUGUUCAUUGGAGACACACUGUCCCGCCUUCUCACCUCUGCUGACCUCAGAGCUAAGAUCACAACCUCCGGAGGACGACUCUGCCAGGCCCUAAAAGCAGUUGUUGUAGCAACAAAGGGUGCUGCACAGAACUACCCGUCAGUAUCUGCGACCCAGGAGAUGGUGGACCGUGUGGCUGAGCUCUCCCAGCAGGCAGCUGGUUUCUCCACUCUGCUCCAGCGUCUGGCAGAAAUAUCCUCAUGAUAUUUCAUAUCAUUCAAUGUAAAAAAAAAAAAAAAGAAAUUUGUUUACACUACACACAUAUUUUCUCUUCUCUUAGAAAUGCCUUAUUUGUUGUACGAAUCUUUUCAUUACCUUUGGUUGGAUUGGGAUUGAAACAAGCGAGUUUUGCUGGGAUUUGACAGUUUUGUCUGCAAAGUGUGUGUUGGUUUGCCUUUUGUUUAUAUACUGACCUCUGUGCUUUGAUGCCAGGCACACUUGUCUUUUUUAGUGUUAACUUAUUGAAUAUUUGAAGCUCCGCCGCGGCUUUGAGCAUCCGCGCGGACUGUUAUUGUUGGGAGCUUUGCUUUAUUAUGUUUGCCAUAUUUUCCUCUCCUCUCAUGAUAGCCAUUUUUUCCUUCCUUCCUCUAUUUAUUCAGCCAUCCCCCUCUUCUAAAAAUAGCACAGACAGAGGCCUUACAUCCUGGAUCUGGCCUACUUUUUUUGCUGUGAUACCUGAAAGGCCUUUUGUUUUUAUCAUUCUGAAGCUGAUGAAGCAGAGUGUUUUAGGGCUCAAAAUGGAAAAAGGUGGUGAAGGAAGUGUCCUGGACUUCCAAUCUUAAUCUGUGCAAGUAUGUGUUGUGUUGGUGUAAUCUGACAUUGCCAAUGUAAAGCAAAAUAUGAACAGCAUAUCAUCCAAGUCAGAAUCAGUCCCCAAGUGUUCAGUUAACUGUCUUACACGCCCCACAAUGACCUAAACAUCCUGCCUUUCAAAGAAGCAAUCAUAACUGAAAACUGACAAAUGACAUGAUAAACUGCCUAAUCCCAUACUUUCCCACAGUCACUGCGAUGGAUAAGAAACCUGUUGACCAAGCUCACCUGUCUGCACACGUCUCGUUGUGAUCUGCAUGCUUACAUUUCACUGCUUCUCAUCCUUUUUCCCACAAUAUGUGCACCCCUGUUAACAGUGCUCAUGAUAUCUCCUUUGAUAUUUUCAUAUUUGUGCUGUGAGGGUGUGCGGUGAAGACUAAGGCUGGGUAAAAUAUAGAAAAGAAAAUCCAUAAUUAAUGUUAAGUAUAACAGGGGAAUACAGCUCACUGUACUGAACGUGACCACUUUACAUGACUUUACUCUUCCCUUGUCAAGAUAAAUUUAUAAAUAUUUGAUGUAACCCAUAUACCCCACCCUAGCUGAAACUGUGAAAUAGAGCAUCACAUUUUGGCUGACAAAAAUGGGUAAGGUUUGAAUUUUUAAUCCAACAAAUUACAUGCCUGUUUACCAUCUUAGACAACAGUGCUUGGUCUGAUGUGUACUAUUUUCAUACAUACCUAAGGAAAACAUAGGUGCUUUACAAAGUUUGAUUAUAAACUACUUUUUGUUAUAAUUCAGCUUUUAUUUUUCAUAUCCAAAACUGUGUUAUCAGGAAAAUUCAUAAUUAUCACCUUGAUUGUGUGCCUGAGUUCUUUUUCCUACCUUUUAUAUAUUUUCUGCUGCAGCGCCACCUUGUGGAGAUUUAAAGUAUUGCAUAUUGAAUACCUGCCUGCUAUAGGCCUUUAACUGUUUGGAGAGCAUGAUCAGCACUGACCUGUAGCUCUUUAUUUAUUAACAACACUUUUUAUGUUAUUUGCUUUUCAGUUUGCAUGGCUUUAAUUUGUCUAAAAUUUAUAUAUGCACAUCCUAUAUCAGGGGUGACUUUACUUUGUAAAUUGCAAUGAACAGAAAUGUCCUUUUUCUUUGAAAAAUAUGUUUUGUUACAGUACAAAUACAUGGCUGUAUUUUCUUUUAUACAAUGAAGUUUUCUAUGCUAUGUAAAAUUUAGAGCCUGGAUUUGCUGCCUAAAGGAAGUGAAUCUUUGACUUUUCUUCUACACUACGCAAACGUAAGCCUCUUUACUUUAACACUACAUUUGAUGUUUGUCUUGUAUUCAUGUUCAGAAUGCACAAAUACAUCUUUUACAAUUAAAAAAUGUUUCAGUUUUUAAUUUCA